GUUUGAUUAAAUCUUUCUAUAGUUCAUUUCUCAAACUUUGGAUCGUCUUAAAAAUAUAUAUCCAUAGAUAUAAAGUGUUAUUCAUAAAGUUGAGUAAAAUAAACAGAUGUUUCCAUAUGUCCGCUGAUGCUAUGAUAUCUUAAGAUAAACCUCACGUAUUUCAGUUAUAUUUUACAAUAAAAUAGAUUAUAUAGAAACCCUCAACAUUAAAAAAAGGAGGAUUCCUCCUAAACCUACAGAAUUCGCUACAGGAUAACCGAAAACAUUCGGUUUUGUGGCCUGUGCCUUGAUUUUUUGGAAGUUAGUUUUUUCUAGCGAGUCUAAAGUUCUACUAAUGUCCAUUACUUGCGACUUAAGGUAGAAUUGAUUAUGUUUAGUUAGGAGUUUAAAUCGAAUAUUUAGCUGUUUCUGUGACCAGAUCCAAUUACAUUUUUAGAAUGCCCAGCUUGUAUUAAGAAAUAAUCAUAUACUUCAUAUUACUUUACGAUGCCGAAUGAGACAUAUAAUCUCAAAUAUCAUUUUCAGGUCCUCCAAUCUUUCACAUUCAAAACUUCUCAUUGGUCUUGUAUCCAGUGGAUAAAUUGAAAUGUCCUAUAAUAGAUAAGCAUAGGGAUGUUAUUUUCAAUUUACACACCAGACUUAACCCCGUGGAACCACAGAUUUUGGAAAUUGGAAACGAUGAUCUCUUGGCAACAUCAAAUAUCGAUUUCCGCAAUCCUACGGUAUUAUUUUUCCACGGAUUCACUGAAUCGCCUAAAGCUGGCGACUACCAAGCAAUGAGACUGAGUUUUCUACAGAGAGGAAACUACAACAUAAUCCUAGCAAACUCAGAAAGGCUACUAGCUGGGUUAUACUACCCUGACGCUGUGGUAAACUGCAAAUUCAUUGGCAAAUAUGGCGCAUUGUUUGUCGAUUAUCUAGUGCAUAGAGGCUUAAACCUGGCAGAUCUUCACGUCAUUGGAUUCAGCUUAGGCGCCCAGAUUGCAGGUUUUGUUGGACAAUAUUUGACAACUGGAAAACUGCCCAGGAUAACAGGAUUAGACCCAGCUGGACCAUUGUAUAACCACGUGCCACCCAGUUUGCGACUGGAUCCAACAGACGCAGAAUUUGUUGACAUCGUCCAUUCUAGUGCCGCUCUGUUUGGGUACAAGUACCCUUGUGGACAUGUCGAUUUUUGGCCCAAUGGUGGAGGGCCUAAGCAGCCUGGAUGCUCAUUUGUUGAACGAACUCAAAAUGGAUCAUUAAACGAAUUAGUGUUUUGUGAGCACUACAGAUCGUACAGACUAUUUGCGAGGACAGUAACAGAUCCACACAGGUACCUUGCCUCAAGGUGCUCAAGUUACGCCAAAUAUUUGACAGGAGCAUGUUCUUUUAAUGAUAGAGUCUUUCUUGGAAUGGAUGUUGAUAGACGUGCCAGGGGGAAUUACUACAUAUACACAGGCUUGGAUGCGAACAGCUAGGAGGAAAACAUAACAUGUAUUUUGUACCUAAUCAGUAUAACAUAAUUUAUUUUGAAUAAAUUUGUUUCUUAACUAA